GUUCGUGUCGGAUGUGUGCACGCAGGGAAAAUCGCCAAUUUUAAAGACAUCAGUUUUAUCACGGUACGUGUCGUCAGUGCGUCGCGCCGAGUUGUCCGUACGUAUCGUCGUCAGCCGUGCGAAAUUUUCGUGAACAGUUCUGAUCCGUCCGUGGUAGCAAGUAAAAAAAAUUCAAUUCGUAAAACGCGAGCAGCUGUUGUCCCCCCGUGUGCAUUUGUUGAUCCCACCACGCAGUCGUUUCACGUCGACGAUUUAAUAUCAUCCUGUUGGCAGAAAAAGGAGUUACUCUUGGUGUGAAAUUCCUUCCUGGUGUUUCUUGUGCGGAUUAACUACGAUAUAUAUCAUAUAUUGCAAGUGCAUCGGGUAAUACAGUGCGCCGACGAACUUGAUAGGUAACCAAAUCACCGGUCGCCUAAAUGCAGCUAUACUUGUGACGUAAUUAGCGUUGAUCAAAGUACCACAGAAGGUGUCAAAAUUGAGCAAGUCGUCGUUCCAUCCGGCGGUGAUCUCGCCAAAAUUUGGAGGAUGUUGAUGCCUGGUGCCGCUGGUCUCAGUGCCGUCGGCGCGGUAGGCGCCGUCGGGGCCCCAGGGCCGGACGAGCUGGUUUCGAGUUUGGGCGCGUUGGCCGGAACAACACCGCAACAAAAAGACACCACCUGGACGAAACUUUUCGUCGGUGGUUUACCAUAUCACACCACCGAUAAAAGCCUCAGGGAACAUUUUAAUGUGUACGGUGACAUCGAGGAAGCGGUGGUUAUCACCGACAGACAGACGGGAAAAAGUAGAGGCUACGGUUUCGUGAUCAUGGGAGACAGACCGGCAGCGGAGAGGGCGUGCAAAGACCCCAACCCCAUAAUCGACGGUCGCAAAGCAAACGUCAACCUGGCGAUUCUUGGAGCUAAGCCCAGGGGUAAUCUACAAGCGACAUUCCCGUUCGCUGCUGGCAUUCGAGCUGGAUAUCCCACGGUUCUUCCUGGCCAAUAUGGAGUGCCACCGGGUUACAUGUACCAGUCGCCUUAUCUGGCGGCCGCAGCGCCAGGUAGCUUGGUACCACUUCCAGCGACUCAGCUGAGCCACGCUGCGGCGAUGGCGGCCGCGUCCCAAUUUUACGAGUAUCAGAACGUCGCUGCUGCGGCCGCGACGUAUCCGGGGACAUCGUACAAUUUUGCAGAGGCUUACCCUUAUACCAGCGCUGCCGCGGCUGGUAUGUGUUUGAAAACUGUCCAGAGCAAGGACAGCAACGGGCUGAUACACCACCAUCAGCACACCGGCAGCAGCUCCGCGAUGCUGGCACAGCAACGAUUGGAGAAAGCUCUCCUGCCGCCCUUUCUGCCGUCCUUGCUACGUAGCAACGCAAAUGCGGCGGCAGCUAGCUACGUGACACCGUAUACGUACGCGACGCUACCAGGUGCAGCUGGAUUGCCAGCAGCCGCAGCUGCAGCUGCAACCGCGGCGGGCGCGGCCUUCCCGGGGCUACCGUACCAAACAUCACCUCAGGAAGCGAGAUUGCAGUAGAGGCUGCGAACCGACGAACGAACCGCCGCCAAUGGAUACGUCAACUGUCGUCGUCGGUCGAUCGAAUUCCGGGGCGCGCGGCGUUUAAAUUCGCGUUUUCAAAAACUCGAUCCUCGCCGUGCAGAAAAAAAUACUUCGUUCUUCGCUUUGUCCUCUGCGCUCACAGCAUCCGCCAUUUUCGUGCGUUAAGGGAUCGUCGGGGGCCCUCGUCAUCCGGUGCAACCGCGCACGCGCGACCAGAUGCUACAUAUUCGGAGGUUCCGUUCCACGUUCCCGGGAGUUAUAUUCGGAGUCGGCGCACUGGACCGGGCCAGAGGAACGGAACGCGAAGAAGAGGACCACGCUACACGGCGUGGCCGUAGCACCCGUUCACGAACGGUGACUCGCACAGUUUCUUACUAAUUUAAUCUUCAAUCUUCCCCAUUUCAAUCUUCCUAUUCACGUUCCCCAUUCUUAGGGCGAAGAAACCGACGCGCUUGACCAAUACUCAUCGGAACACGCGACGAAACGUAAUAACGGUAAAAUUUUAAUCGUUUGGAAAUAGAGGGUACACGAUGGAUAGUCGAGGCUUCAUGUGGACUGAAAGUUUUUCAAAUGAUAUGAACGACGGGAACGAAUCGGA